AGAAGUUUCAUUAUAACCAAACUGCCCUGCAGAAACACUGCUGACAAGUACACCCUCUUAACCCUAACACCCCACCACCACCACCCCAUUUCAUUAUGGCUAUGGAGUUAUUUUAUUCUUACCCCAUUUCUUGGGUGUUCGUCCCAUAAACGUCCCAUGGUCAGAAUUCCAGACAAAAUGGCCAAAGUCUUCACAUCGCUGCCCACAAGUCCUCUUCUCCUUCAGGGUGGCCAUGAUGACACUCUGUGCUGACCAGUAUCCACAGCAGACCUUUUCUUUCCUUUACUCAACUCUACCUUUUACUUUAUCGCCCUUCCCUCAGUCAGUAUACAAUUAGUUUCUCCUCCUUCCUUUCCCUUGCCAAAGACUUUGAGGCCCUUUCAGGUGUAUCUUGACCACUGCCUCAUUGUUUUUUACAGCAGAGGCUAAAACUCGCUCUGUGUUCGUCACUCCAGGAGGUGAUGUAUGUGUUAUCUCUUAUUUAUAAGGCUAUGAUAAGGUGGACAUGUAGCAGGUAGGGUAGCUGAGGUAGGCCAAAACUGAAACAGGUAUACUUCCUUCUUCAGCAACAGUGUCCUUUACUCCUUGAAGAAAAAAAAAAACCCUAGGAUCACCUUGAACAGCCAGACAGCCUGGUUACUAAUGACAGGACUCAAGGUGAAUGACUGCAGGUGAUUUAAAUUGAUAAGCAAAUACUAAUCCAGUGCAGGACAGGCUAUCUUGUUUUUGUGAGGAAUUUUGCAUGAUGAAUUUAGCAUCCCAAUUAAAUCUGUCAAAUCUUCUGAAAUACAACCCUUAUUAUAUCAUCAAAUAACUAAAAAAAUGUGCACUUGUACAAAAAUAAGCAUGAUAUUUACCUAAAAUGAUUAACUGCUAACAUGGAGGGGAUGGGGUUUAUGAUCCUAUAACCAAGCACCAGGAGGUGAUCGACUUAUGGUGGCCUCACUUCUGGGAGCUGUCAGGCUGUCCAUCUUUAUAAUUAGUGAAUGUGACAGUCCAGUAUGGCAAGCCAUCGAGUUCAGGGGGCGUGUGCUGAGCUCUCUGGCUUUCCAUAGUCUAAUAUUACCAUCCCUAAACUCAUGCUGCUGUUAUAAAUGUUGCACUACUUGUAUCUCAAAGAAGAAGGCCUAAUGUUCUUUAGUCUCCUUUGUUGUUAGAGGAUUAGAAGUUUUGAAUGAUUGAAGUCUUUCUGGUAGAUGGUUAUAUAAAGAGAAAAGGUACAAAUUUUGCAAAGCAACAUCAAAAGAGUACAAGAUCAGUACUCUGCAGAAGCGCAGUGUUAACUACAUAUGGCGAACACUUCUCUCUUUUCUCUCUGUCACAUGUUGUUGUGCCACUUGCUCUCUGAACUUCACUGCACUCCUAUCAUUACCAGCCCACUACAUGCAUAUAGUGGCACAUUUAUUCUUCCUCUCCCUCCCUCUCUCUAAUGUUCAUUUUCUGCCAUAUUCCCCAAGCCUUUGUUUCGCCCUUUCUUCUCUCCUCUUUGUCUGCAGCGUGCACAUGGGUUAGCACAGGAUAAAGAAUUACAGAGUUACAGGAUGGAUAAAUCCCUUUGUGGAAAGGUGAUGAGUCAGGUAGAUCUGCAUGCGUGUCUGCAUGUGAGACAAAGAGAAGGGAUUCUCAAGUUUAGUGAUACCCACACUGAGGGACACACUGAGCUGUCUGCAGCCAGCAGACAGUCAGAUGUACAAAUCACUGGAGGAAGAAGAAAUCCAUAUCACAUUUCAUUCUUACCUGGAUUUUAGCGAGUUAUCAUUGGUUCCCAGCUAAUUUCUUUUUUCAUUUGCUAUAUUUUUUUCCGCACUCAUUUCCAGUCAUCCGCUUCUGCUUUUAUAUCCCUGUAACACAUUUUCACUGUAGCUUUUUCUGCAUCUCACACAUUUCUCCAUCCCUCUUCUGCACUUUUCUACGGUGUCACCAUGGAUGUUGGUGGCUUGAUGACAGUGGUGGCCAACUCUGCCUACAUCUCAGCCCGCAGAAGCUUUGAUGGCACUGCCAACCCUGCAUCCAGCCGAGACAAGAAGUACCACUCCCGCCUGAAGCUUCCUCACAUCACAGUAUGUGAAGGUCUGCGGGAGACGUUAGACCUGGGCUUCCAGAUGGUUUGUGUGGAGCAGCCCAUCGGCAAAUGUCUUUUCCAGGAGUUCUUAGAUUCCAACAAUGAUUAUAAAGGCCCGUGUCAUCUGUGGAAGGACAUUGAGGAAUACAACAUGGCUGAGGAUGAGGAUCGUGUGAAGAAAGCAAGCAAAAUCUUGUCCCGCUACAUGGAGCCUGACUCCAAGUAUUUCUGCCCCUUCCUGCCUGAAAAUGGCAUCACAAAGGUCAAAGAGAAACACACAGAGGCAGAAGAUGAUCUUUUCAGUGAGACCAUGGAAAAUGUCAUGGACUUUCUCAAAGAAGUGCCCUACACUUUCUUCCUAGACAGUAUGUAUCUGAAAAGGUUUCUGCAGUGGAAGUGGCUGGAGAUACAACCUGUGGGAGAGGAUUGGUUCUUGGAUUUUCGUAUUUUGGGGAAAGGGGGUUUUGGAGAAGUGUCUGCCUGUCAGAUGAAAGCCACGGGGAAGUUGUAUGCCUGCAAAAAGCUCAACAAGAAGAGGUUGAAGAAGAGAAAAGGUUAUGAGGGGGCGAUGGUGGAGAAACGGAUCCUGGCUCGAGUUCAUAGCAGGUUCAUUGUCUCUUUGGCAUACGCCUUCCAGUCAAAAACUGAGUUGUGUCUGGUCAUGACCAUCAUGAACGGAGGUGACCUGAGGUAUCACAUCUAUAAUGUAGAUGAGAACAACCCAGGGUUUGAAGAGCCACGGGCCUGCUACUAUGCUGCUCAGAUCAUUCUAGGCCUUGAGCACCUCCAUCAGAAGAGAAUCAUAUACAGAGACCUCAAACCUGAGAAUGUGCUGCUGGAUAAUCAAGGUAACGUCCGUAUCUCUGACCUUGGUCUGGCUGUGGAGCUGGCCGACGAUCAGUUCAAAAUCAAGGGCUACGCUGGGACUCCAGGUUUCAUGGCCCCAGAGCUGCUGAAAGGGGAGGAGUAUGACUACUCUGUAGAUUAUUUCGCUCUGGGGGUCACCCUGUAUGAGUUUCUGGCUGCCAAGGGACCCUUCAGGACCCGGGGGGAGAAGGUGGAGAACAAGGUGCUGAAGAAACGCAUUCUGAAUGAUCCGGUAACAUAUCCAGAGAAGUUUAGUGAGAACGCCCGGUCCAUCUGUGAGGGUCUGCUGUGCAGAGAGGUCAACAAGAGACUUGGCUUCAAGAACGGGUCAUGUGACGAGCUCAGGGCACACCCAUUCUUCAGUGAGAUCAACUGGAGAAAACUUAAUGCAGGUAUCCUUGCUCCCCCUUUCGUGCCAGACUCCAACACAGUUUAUGCUAAGGAUAUUGAUCAAGUCGGGGCCUUCUCCACGGUUAGAGGCGUGCAGCUAGAAGACAAGGACAAGGAUUUUUUUGAUGAGUUUUCCUCGGGGACCGUCUCCAUCCCUUGGCAGGAGGAGAUGAUCGAGAUGGGGAUUUACGGAAAGCUCACAGUCUGGGGCCCUGAUGGCGCUUUGCCUAACGACCUGCGACGUGAAUCCAUCCUGGAGCAGCCGGCCAGGUCAUCCACCUGCGCAGUGUCAUAAGAGGCUGCAGUGCAUGAAUGAGUCCACAUGAACUGUUUAAGAACCGUUCCUACACUAUUUCAGUACAGGUUAGUGGUGGACUUUGCUCUCUGUGCUAUCCGUUCAGUUUUGUUGCUGUGAAACAUAAGCAGGUGUUUACUGUGAAAGCCUGCUGAGAUUAUGUGACCUGAUACUGCUUUUUUUAGCGUUGCACACUCUUGGUUUGAAUUAUCAAACUGGGUGUUUCUAACAUUGUACUAUUGUUUGAUUUUAUUUUAUUUUUUUAAGCUUUUCAUUAGUUCACAGUUUCUAUGUGUGUGGCAGCGUGAAUGAGCUGCAAGUAAAACCAGGCAGUGCACAUCUUGGCUUUCAGUUGCCAUGUGAGCUGACAGCUGCUCACUUUCUUCACCGGCCUUGAACUUCAUCUGUUUAUAUGACAAAUAAAUCCAAGUGACAUCACACACACAUGUCACUGGGUUAUAAUAGUUUUACAGCUUCAGAAGUGUAAAUAAGCUUGUAUCCAAAAUUGCAGAGAUGUUUAU